CCUAUAGUGCGGUCUGGCUCUCGGGUCACGCGGCGGCGGGGGCGUGGCAUGUUCCGACCUCAGGUGCUGCCUCCCGCGGCUUCAGCUGGCGUUUUUUGCAGCGGUGUUGGCUGCUGGAACCAUGCAGGGCAGGAGUCGCCUAACCCUGGUCCUCCUGAGCGUUGCCAUCGCCUGCGCGGUGGCGCAGUACGUGCCACCGUGGACAGAAGACUGCAGAAAAUCAACCUAUCCUCCCUCUGGACCAACCUAUAGAGGUCCAGUUCCGUGGUACACCAUAAAUCUGGAUUUGCCACCGUACAAAAGAUGGCAUGAAUUGAUGGUUGACAAGGCGCCAGCGCUAAAAGUUAUAGUGAAUUCCCUGAAGAAUAUGGUAAAUGCAUUUGUGCCAAGUGGAAAAAUUCUGGAGAUAGUGGAUCAGAAAUUGCCUGGUCUGCUUGGCAACUUUCCUGGACCUUUUGAGGAGGAAAUGAAGGGGAUUGCAGCUGUCACUGGCAUACCUUUAGGAGAGAUUAUUUCCUACAAUAUUUUCUAUGAAUUUUUUACCAUUUGUACUUCAAUAAUAACAGAAGAUAAAGGAGGUCAUCUGCUACAUGGGCGGAACAUGGAUUUCGGACUAUUGCUUGGGUGGAAUAUAAAUAACAAUACCUGGGUCGUAACUGAGCAACUGAAACCUUUAACAGUGAAUUUGAACUUCCAAAGAAACAAUAAAACUGUCUUCAAGGCGGCAAGUUUUGCUGGCUAUGUGGGCGUGAUGACAGGAUUCAAACCAGGACUGUUUAGUCUUACACUAAAUGAACGUUUCAGUUCAAAUGGCGGUUAUAUAGGGAUCCUAGAAUGGGUUUUGGGAAAGAAAGAUGCCAAGUGGAUAGGGUUUAUCCUUCGAUCAGUUCUGGAAAAUAGCACAAGUUAUGAAGAAGCCAAGAAUAUAUUGACCAAAACAAAGCUAUUGGCCCCAGCGUACUUUAUCCUGGGAGGCAACGUGUCUGGGGAAGGUUGUGUGAUUACACGAGACAGAAAAGAGUCUUUGGAUGUGUAUGAACUCGACCCCAAGCAGGGUAGAUGGUAUGUUGUACAAACAAAUUAUGACCGUUGGAAAAAUACCUUCUUCCUUGAUGAUCGCAGAACACCUGCAAAGAUUUGUCUAAACCAGACAACCCAAGAGAAUAUCUCAUUUGCAACCUUGUACGAUGUCCUGUCAACAAAACCUGUCCUCAACAAGCUGACAGUAUUCACAACCUUGAUAGACGUUAUCAAAGGUCAGUUUGAAACGUACCUGCGGGACUGCCCAGACCCCUGUAUAGGUUGGUGAGCACACGCCUGGAUUCCAGGAUGCGCCCUCUGUGACAUCAGGACUGGAGCUCACACGUGGCUGAGCAGUGCAGCCGUCUCAUCUCCUUGCAAAGACUGAGACUCUGGGCAGGUUCUCUUUGAGGCAUGAGCUUGUCCUUUUCAGUAUGUUUACACGUUAUAGGAUGUCUUGGCUGUGAUGAUUGAUUAUUCUUAUAUAGGUAGUUUAUGUCUUUAGGUGGAGCACAACAAUCAGCCAGAAUGUACUGUUUUUUUUUUUUUUUCCACUCCGACAUGUGGGGAUGGGGAUGGGCAGGUAAACUACUGGAGGACCCACCUCCGUGUAAUAAAGCAGGAUUCUCUGUGGGCAUUGAAUCUUGUACAUUCGUGUGAGUAUUAGUUAAACAGUCCACAUUAUUCAGUUUUUCACUUUUAUCUACAUAUUUGUAUGAUUUUCUAUCUUUUCUGCCUGGUUCUAACUCCUAUUAAAAUUUACAUAGCAUUGCUUUGCUGACAGCAGAGUAUUUCACUAAUUUUGAUUGAAGGGUGAUGAGACAGCCAUUCAGCUGUAUGUUCCUCCUAAUGGGCAACUCAUGGGCUUUUGACUCUGGAUAGAAGUACUUGUGGGGGUUCAUGAUGUAGCCAGUCUUUCAUACUCAGAAUUGAAGUGUUUCCUUUUUUAUAAUUAGCCUACCUCCCAUUAACCCCAGGAAGUUAUUAAAUAAAUUUUAAAACCAGUCCCAGGUUUUGUGAAUCAGUAGUAAAUAAUCAGGUCAGACACUUGUGGAAAAUGAGGAGGGAACCACUACUUUAAAAUCUCUUAAGUAUAAUUCAUUUACAUAGAUUUUUAGUUCUUCUGAUCAACAUGUAUAGUUUUUUUUAAAUUGAGUUACAAAAAAAAUCUCAGAAAUCUAUUUAGGAGAAGUACGAAUAGAACUUAUUAACCUUUCAGUCUUUCACAAUUAGUUGUGAAAUGUAUGUCAGUGGGGCAACACGGUGGCCACUUCAUUUCUGUAUCAUGUCAGUUGUGUUCACGAGAGUCAAUAAACAGUCAUUGGAAGAAGUGUC